AUGAAUUAUCCACCACCAUCAGCCGAGCCCAUCCCCUGUCUCGCCCCUCCCAAGCUUGACGUGCUCGAAUGUCGACAUUGCAGUUACAAGAUUCGCCAAGUUCAGGCGAUGCAAGAGCAUUGUGCCAAGUCUCACAACUGGGUCAACCCCAGAGGUAAAGGAAGGCCAACAACAGGACAUCCAACGGCCGAUCCUCUGCCGUGGUCAGAAGGUGUCGCAUGUCAACGAUUCUUUCCUUCUCGGGAAGGUAGCAAAUGGUUCCAGGUCAACAUACGGACAAAAGGACGGGCAGACAGAUCGAAACCAAAGCCGAGUACUAAGAAGCCGCAAGGAACGCCCUAUGUUCUUACAUCUGAGGCAUCCACCCAUCUACAGCAAGUCAUAGAUCGGGAAGCCAGAUAUCGAGAAGCUUUAAGUCAACCACGAGCAGCUGUCAAUGACACAGGCACCGAUACGUUUGCCGCUACAAGCUUGUGGCUGGAUAGAACACAAUGGCCUUCUAUCUACCGAGGGUCCCGACGAGACGUCCUGCGAGCGUUGAUCAGACUACCCAAUCGCCCCUCUCUCAACGCAGACUACACCUUGGGACAAGGCAAUUCAGAAGGCGCGCCGAACCUUGUAAGCCCACGAGAGGAUGAACAGAAGAUCUCAUGCAUUAUGAGAGCACUUGACUUAGUAAUAGACCGUUGUGAGGAGACGGUUCGCUGUACUAGUCACAAUCUUCUCCGCUGGCUGCUCAGCUCGAGGCUCCAGAGCCGUCGGGAGAUCGCUUUCAACCUUGUGGCAGAGAGGAGUAGCGGGAUUAGAUACCGAAGGACUCAGAAGCAAUUCUUGGCUUUUAUCCUGCGAAUGUACCGAAUGCCGGGUGACUCUCGACGAGAAACGAUGAAUGUGAAGAUAAAGCCCGAGAUCUCCACACAACUAGAUCGGAUUUGGGAGCACAACAUUUGGAACUAUAUCGAUGUGUCGAAGGGAAUUUGGCCGGCAGUGGAAAGACAAGAAAGUCAUCUGGGCUCUCUGCGCGGCCAAUUCAUUAGUAAUCUAAUCAACACUCGAGCUUGUCAGGGAUCAGAUGGGAAAGAAGAUGCUGAGGACGAUGAGAUAGACGAUGAGAAUGUUGAAGCUUGGGAACUUGAGGAUGACGAGGACGAUGAGAGCGACUAUGAUGAUUCUGGACAUUACAACGAUGUUGAGGAGUGCGCGGCUGGAACCCAUCAGGAUCCAUUCUCAAGGGUAUUGGGGGACUCUGCUGCAUCUGCAGUCGGACAAUUCCUCGAACUCUUGUUCCAGCUAUGUAUCAUGCUCAGUACUGAACCUUUUCUUAACGGGCAACCAAGUUCUACGCUGCUUAUAUAUUUUAGCGGUAUUCUUGGAUUCUCCGCUGAUUGUCAAAAGUUUCAGCUCGCGCGACAGUAUUGCUCAAAACUGUCAGCAAUGAUCUAUAUACAGCGCAUAUUAUUCCUGGAGCAAGCAUUGCCUUUGCGUGGAUAUCAAUUCAUCGGUAUCCCUCAACGGCCGGAAGCCAGGCAUUUCGAGUGUUUCGAUGAAGUCCGAGCCAAGUAUAUGGUUCUAGGCUCGCAGUACCCGUUGGCGGAGCUGAUAAGCCUUCGAGAUUUCGGACAUAAUGUUGCAUGUAACGAACCACCCUCUAUGCUUUUCCACUGGAGCAAUGAUAAUAAGACAGUGUCUCAUGCGACUGUUCAAGUAACAAUAAACAACUUCCGCAAACUCCCGGACUAUUUUAUUACACAGGCAGAAGCACUAUGCGAUCGAUUGAUGUUUGGGAUUCAGCCAAAUAUUGACUUGUCGAGAGUCAAAGACGAUAUCACUAGUUCAAAAAGUGGUCACAGCUUUAUCAAGUACCCCGAGAAUAGUCUUGAGAUGGAGGAGCAGCUUGCUGGCGGUCUUUAUACUGCAUGUGGCCAGACACCACGAAUUAGUGAGCUUCUCAGUCUUGAGAAUGAGAAUAGUCCGAACACAAGCUGCGGGAUAUAUGCGUGGGGCAGCUAUAUGGUGUACGUCAUCCGCCAUCAUAAAGCAAAGCGACUAACGAACCGCGAAUUCUAUGUGGUCCGAUUCCUUCCGGUUAGACUCGGUCACGUUCUGUUUAAGUAUCUGGUCUAUGUUCGACGUGUGGCUGAUCUACUACGUCGCGAGCAGCUCGGUGCCGAUAGAAGCGCCCAGCAGUGCUUGCAGACACGCCUACUAUUCCAAAAUAACGGGAGGCCUUGGCCUACCUCUCGCCUGACAGACGUUGUUACGAAGACCACUUUAGAAUUGUGGCAACAAAGGAUCAAUGUACGGACGUAUCGCCAGCUGGCCAUAGCAAUCACCGAGAAACAUGUUCGCGAGGUGUACACCCCUUUCAACAGGCACGACGAUUGGAGCAAUGAUGCUGAUAUCAACGCCAUAUUCGCUUGGCAAAGUGGUCAUCGGCUAUUUCAGCGUGGGAUCACGUAUGGACUUGAUGGAGCGUAUCCAUUCAGACUUCAGCCACCACUUCUACAGUGCUAUAAAUGGGCUUCAUUGCGUUGGCAUGAACUUCUGCGUCAGUCAAGCAAAAACCUACGUUCUGUACCUAACGAGAUACCCAUCGCCCCCGAGUUAUUCCCAGCCAACGAGAAGCGAGCCAUUACAGAGGUCCUCACAGACUCCAUAUCUCCAAUAGAUGAAGCUCAUUCGGCCAAAAGACAAAGAUAUAGCGAACCAUUGACGACCUUAAGCGAGCAAGACUUGCAGUCUUUACCAGUAGAAGGUGGGGGAGAUGGGCACAACCAAGUCUCACCUGCAAUAUGUAGUGACGUCUGGCCCCAUGCCUUAUAUGCCGAAGACGGACAUAUCUCUUUCAUGGACGGAGUUCUCCAUGUGCUUGAUAAGUCUCGGAUUUUGAUUUGCCUUCUCUGUAAAUAUGCCAUUCGACCUGGCAAAGGCAUUGAAACGCACUUUCGAAAUAUGCACAAGUACACGGGAGAUAAGCUCAAAGGGAUACUAUCUUUUUGCGACGAGCAAGUCUUCCGAGAUCCGACUAAGGUACCGCUUCCUGACAAUGGUACUGCACAAUGGGAAUUCCUCAUAUCGACAGCCGGAGCUCAGGCUGCCAAGGAGCUUGACUUUAUCCCGGGUGUUGUUGUGUAUGGGGAAAUCUGGUCUCUUGUUAUCACUACGAGAAACCAGUUGAGGACAAAUGCCUUUCCUGGUAUUCCGUUUGGCAGUACACGCUCUAUCAUAGGUGUAUUUCAGGUCAUUGCUGGUUUACAAAUACUACGCAAAUGGGCAUUAGAAAAGCUGUGGCCAUUGUACCAGAAAUAUCUCGAUGGCCUGGUUCAACACAGUGAAGAACAACGACGAUGA